UAGUUGAAAAUUUAUGUACAUGCGCGUAACGCACUCGACGAAAAAUCAAUGAAAAAUAUCAUGCGCUUUCUUAGUCCUUAAACCUUCUAUCCAAACAAUGUUUUGUAACUUUUACUAGCUAUGCUUUAGUGCUAUAAAUAAACCAAAUGUUUGUUAGAACCCAGCAAUGUAAACUAUCUCACAAAAUGAUGAUUCGCCUAAAAAACUUUUUAUAUGUUUUCAAUUUACGACAAGGCACCAUUCUUAUUGCCGUCCAUCAAAUCGCGCUAUCUUCUUUCGUACUUAUAAUACUGCUUGUUGGCAUAUCCCACGUCGGUGAAAUGCUAUCUAUGCUUCAUAAUGAUAUGGAGGACGAUGCAGAACGACGAGGAUUUUAUGAAAUUACUUACGGAGAACAUCUAACUUUCCAUGAAGGUGACGUAGUAAGCAGUAAUAAUCAACUAAGAUUUGCUAAAGCACAACAUUUAGCUUCAGUGACGGUGAUUUUCCUGUACACCAGUACAAUUCUAACAGCAAUAUAUCUAAUGUGUUGCAUUUCUUUACUUCAUGGUGCUGUGAAGUAUAAGAGAGAGUAUGUUUUGCCUUGGAUAAUGGCCGCUUGCGUGGCAGUGGUGCUACUCAUAGUCGCUAUUGUUAUAGGCGAUGGCUAUCCCUGCGUCGUUAAUCUGUUUGGCGGACAUAAUCUCUACCAUUUCGGGUGUGCUCUUUUUGUUCUCACAUUUAUAUACGCAAUUUGUGCGGUGAGUAGCUUCGCACUUGAAACGGGCGGAGGAAGGUGCGCGCGCGCUUCUCUUGCCAACGAUGAACGCGGAGAGCGAUUGCUGCUGCUUGACCACGCCGCGCACUCUAGCCUGCUGUCAGCCGCACAAUUAAGCAAACUGUCCCAUGGCACGAGGACACAAUUCGUAUAAGCCCCUAUUAAGUCAAUAGUUUUAUUGAUAUUACUAAGCUUGAGAAAUAAAACCAAAUCUCACGAUCGA